UGUUACUUUUAUUCAAAAAAAAAUAGCAGGGAUUAGCUCCUCCUGCCUUCCUAUUCUAUCUACUACUGAUACCCUUCUCAGCAAGACAGAGCUUCCAGGCAAUCUCGGCUUUAUGAGAGGAAGUGGUUACAGACCUAUUCCAAACAAAUGCUCUGAUUUUGAUGGAAGUGUCCCCAGACAGAGAAGUCACUGUCUGACCAGCCACCAGUUAUCAGAAGGCUGCUGUCUUCGAACUAUAAUCCACAACUAAAACUGAAAUAUUUUGGUACAUAACCAAACAGAGAAGAGUGUCUUAAAGGGAGCUGAAGAGCAGAAGGAAGUGUGGUUGUGCCUUAUUUGUUCAGCAUUGGUUACCUAACCAAACUUCUGCAAAAUCAUACCGCCUAUGCCUGCGACGGGGAACAUUUGAGUCUGCACUGUCCUCGGCAUUCGACAAUAAGCAUUCAGUCAGCAUUUUACGGGCAAGAUUACCAAAUGUGUGGCACACAGCAGCCUGAAGCCAGGAUGACAGAACCCGUAAACUGUGUGGCACCCACCUCUCUGCAGAAAGUCCUGGAUGAAUGCCAAAACCUGAGAUCCUGCCAACUCCUUGUCAAUAGUCGGGUUUUUGGACCUGAUCUAUGUCCAGGGACCACUAAAUUCCUCCUUGUCUCCUUUAAAUGCAAACCUACUGAAUACAAAACCAAGUCAGCCUGUGAAAACCAGGAACUGAAGCUCCACUGUCAGGAGUCCAAGUUCCUCAUGAUCUACUCUGCCACCUACGGCAGGCGGGCACACGAAGAGAGCGUCUGCUCGACCGAGGCGGACCGCGUCCCCCCAUUUGACUGUUUGUCUUACACGGCGUUAGAAGUUUUAUCGAAAAGGUGUUACGGGAAACAGAGAUGCAAAAUUAUUGUCACUAGCCAGGAUUUUGGAAGUCCGUGCCUACCUGGAGUGACAAAAUACCUUAACGUCAGCUAUGCAUGUGUUCCUAAAUUUAUCCUCACAGCUGUCAACCCCCUGGUCACUGACAACAAGUCUUCCGUGAAGCUGAACGACGGUGAGCAUGGUAUCGACAUUGAUCCAAAGGAAUCAAGACUUCCAAAGAAAGAUAGCACUAUUGUUAGCAACUCCUUGGCUACAUUUGCAUACAUUAGAGAUCACCCAGAAAGAGCUGCUCUUCUGUUUGUGUCCAGCGUUUGUGUGGGAUUAAUCCUCACGCUAUGUGCCUUGGUGAUCCGUGUGUCCUGCUCUAAAGACUUAAAGAAAUUGCAAGGAAAGAGGGAGCACCUAGUGCCAGAAAGUGAUGGAGCAGACGAGAACAGUGAGAACGAGGAGGAGGAAGACUCCUCUGAGUCAGAGGUUCAGGAUGAACUGGCAGAACUUUACAGACCUCCUUACUCAGGUUAUAACUCAGCAGAAGCAGCAGACCUGGCUGAACGGAUCGAGCGCAGGGAACAGAUCAUGCAGGAGAUUUGGAUGAACAGUGGUUUGGAUAUGACACCACCUAGAAAUAUGAAUACAUUUUAUAUUAAUGAACAAUAAAUGGCUUAUUUCGGAAGACGCCCUAGCCUUUUUUUUUUUUUUUUUUGAAAAAGAAAUGUACCUUCUGUGAAGGAACAUUUGUAUCAGUACAUAUAAUUAUUUGUAAAGUAAGAAGAAAUAUAUGCAAUAAAAAGAGAGCUUCAAACCCUU